AAUAUGCCCUCCACGCAUCAAGGUAUUGUACCUUGCUGGAAGCGCCGAGCCCCCCCCUAAAUUCAAGAAUCAUAGAAACCAUCGCCCCCCACCCCCACCCCCUUCAGAAAUUGUCCAAGUGGCUAUAUCUCAAAAACCUGUUGUACCCAUCAAAACCAUGGGCAUUAUUCACUGAUUUUGCUCUCUGUUUCUUGAUUUUUCUCUCUCUCCACUGCCGUAUUUAAGUGCGUUUCUCUCUCUUCACCCUUCACUCCUCUCUCUCUCUCUCUCUCUCUCUCUCUCUAUCUCGUUUCGUCUCAAACAGCAACACUUCCCCACCAGUUUCAGGCUUUGCGCACAACCUGUUUGAUAAAAUUCCCCAAUCAAACCAAUAAAAGAAAUGGCACUCAAGAUUAGCUUCCUUCCCUACAAGAUCCCUUCUUUUCCUGGUUCUCAGGACAGAUCUCACAGAGUUUCCAUGGCUUCAACUCUUCGUUCUCCCCCAACUGAAAACAUCAAGAAACCCUUCACCCCACCACGAGAAGUGCACGUACAAGUCACCCACUCAAUGCCGCCAGAGAAGCGGGAAAUCUUCGACUCCCUCCACAAUUGGGCAGAAGAGAAUAUUCUUAUCCAUCUCAAGCCAGUUGAAAAAUGCUGGCAGCCAACCGACUUUCUGCCGGACCCCGCAUCAGAUGGGUUUCACGACCAAGUGGAGGAGCUCCGAGAGAGAUGCAGAGAAAUACCUGAUGAAUAUUUUGUGGUUUUGGUGGGAGAUAUGAUAACCGAAGAAGCUCUGCCGACUUAUCAGACUAUGAUAAAUACGCUCGAUGGAGUCAGAGAUGAAACUGGUGCUAGUCUUACUCCGUGGGCGAUUUGGAAUCGAGCUUGGACCGCUGAAGAGAAUAGGCAUGGGGAUCUUUUGAAUAAGUAUCUUUAUCUUUCGGGGAGAGUUGAUAUGAGGCAGAUCGAGAAAACUAUACAGUACCUCAUUGGUUCGGGGAUGGAUCCUCGUACAGAAAACAACCCAUACCUCGGAUUCAUCUACACCUCCUUCCAAGAAAGAGCGACCUUCGUCUCCCACGGCAACACCGCCAGGCAUGCAAAGACACACGGUGACUCGAAACUCGCGCAGAUAUGCGGCACGAUCGCAGCGGACGAAAAACGCCACGAAACAGCCUACACGAAAAUCGUGGAGAAGCUGUUCGAGACCGACCCAGACGGGACCGUUUUGUCCCUGGCUGAUAUGAUGAGGAAGAAAAUAUCUAUGCCAGCUCAUCUAAUGUACGACGGCGUAGAUGAUAAUUUGUUUGAGCAUUUUUCUGCUGUGGCACAGAGGCUGGGAGUUUAUACAGCUAAGGACUAUGCGGAUAUCUUGGAGUUUUUGGUGGGGAGAUGGGAGGUGGAGAAGCUGACUGGACUUUCCGGCGAGGGGAAUAAGGCGCAGGAUUAUGUUUGUGGUUUGCCAGCUAGGAUUCGGAGGUUGGAGGAGCGGGCCCAUGCAAGGGCCAAGGAGGUGGCCCCCGUUCCUUGCAGCUGGAUUUUCGGUAGAGAAAUCAAGAUUUGAUGAGUUAGUGUACUAACUAAUAAGAAGGUAUCUCUUUGGUUAGUUGAGAAAUUUGAUCUGUGUUCCUAUGUUGUAAUAAUGUAGGUUUUGCUUGUGUUUUUUUAGUUUCUUGAUGUGAACUUGAAAACUCCUUUUUGUUUUGCAUCUAUUGUGAUUGUGGUGUUUAUGUUUGUACUAUUUGCUUGU